CACUUCCUUAAGUUCGCUAGAAGUUUCUUUAUCCCUCUGAACUUCCCUCACGAAAGUUCCUUGCCAUCCCUAACUUCGCGUCUAUGCGAACGCUUCGAUUCUGCAUUGAUGAUACUUGCAGAUUAGUGAAAAUGAAAUUAUUUUUGGUAUUAGUGAGCGACAUAAAAUAAAUCACUGACCCACGUGGCGUCACAUCUGCUCCUCUCUAUACAGACCAUUUCUCCCUACCUCUUUGGCAUUGUUUUGCAACUUUUUGCAAGUGAAUCCACUCCGGCCAGGCCAAACCCAAACCGCCCAGAUCUGACGCGCAGGAACUACGCAGGAAUACAGUUUGCGGUGUACAUAAUGCCCAAUAGCCAUGAAUAAUAUAACGUGAAAUAAUCAUGAGGCUUUGAUCUAACACUACGGCGUUACAAGUUCAAUGCUUGUAGCGUUGUUUUUAAAUUGUUCUGAUUCAAACAAUAAAGUGGUGUAUGGUGCAGGAAUAUGAAGAAUGUCGGUUGAAGCGCCAAGCCCAGGAACAACAGGAAGAUCCGCCGCCGAAAUUAUUCAACAAAUAAAUGCGAAAAAUGCGAAAAUUUUUGCAUUUAUUCUAGUUAUAGGCUUCAUAAUUUAUCAUGGAAUGCUCCAUGUGCGAUACGGAAUUGAUUCCUGUAAAUGGCUUUUAUCAGAUGGAAGAUAUAAAGGAGAUCAAGAAUGGCAACCAUAUGGUUGCAUGAUGCAUCAAUAUACUCAAUUAGACACAAAAAGAUGUUUGCGGUAUCUUGCCUUUUUAGGAAAACAUAACCAUAUUGUUUUUAUAGGCGAUUCAAGGAUUCGCCAAAUGUACCAUGAGUUUUUGAAUAAUUUAAAUCCACAGGAUGGCACUACACCAUCUGUUCAUCAGGAGCGUCAUUCAAACCUUUCUUACAUAGAUUUGAAAUUGAGACUGAGAGUGGAAUUAAUAUGGAGUCCAUAUGUUUCAAGGCAUAUGAUUGAUGAAUUCCUGAAAUGGAAGAAACAGGAUGAACCUCCAAGUGUCAUUAUUGCUGGGAGUGGAACAUGGACCAUAAAAGAAUCAAAUGCCUCAUUGCGAGCAUUAGAAGACUUCAAAGUGAAUUUAACACAUUUGGUGCAUGCAAUAGAUACUCUUGCAGUAAAGAAAACAAGGGUUCUGUGGACAUUGCAGGAGCCUGUCAAUAGGGAGAAAUUACAUAGUUCUCGAUCUGUGAUUACCAACAAUCUAAUUGACCAGUACAAUAAUGCAGCAAGAGAAAUAUUGCAACAUAGUGCAGCCAAGAUUUGGGCAAGUUCUCGCCUUGUAGCUGAAGGAAAUCCAGAGGAAAGUCCAGACGGGCUUCACCUUGGUCCUUUAACUUUGAAGCAUGAUACUCAGGCAAGUGGAGUUUGUUUGGUCAUUGCAAUUGUGAUGGUGGUGCGAAGAUGGUUACAACAAUGGAGAGGAACUGCUCCCAUUCGAUUCACACCACUCAACAAUAAUAGUAAAAUUCAAGCUACUGAAUCUGAUAUGUAUUGUCUUAUGACAUCACUGGCAAAAAUGGGAGUUAUAAUGGCGUAUUUCUACCUUUGUGACAGAACCAACUUUUUUAUGAAAGAAAAUAAAUACUUUUCUCGGCUCAGCUUUUGGCUUCCAUUUGGAUAUGUAUUUGCUUUAGGUUUGUUUUUCACAGAAGAUAGUCGUUUCACAAAAGUAUUGCAUAGGGAUCAGACAGAUGAAUGGAAAGGUUGGAUGCAGCUUGUGAUUCUUAUAUACCACAUGACUGGAGCAAGUGGUAUUUUACCCAUAUACAUGCAUAUCAGAGUGUUGGUGUCUGCAUAUCUCUUCUUGUCAGGCUAUGGACAUUUCUGUUAUUUCUGGCAGAGAGGUGAUGCAAGUUUAGUACGCUUUUUUCAGGUCCUCUUCAGAUUGAACUUCAUGACCGUGACGUUAUGUUUGUGUAUGAAUCGGCCAUAUCAGUUUUAUUACUUUGUGCCUCUGGUAUCAUUUUGGUAUCUUAUGGUGUAUUUGGUACUUGUGUUACCACCUCAAGUCACUGCUGCUUCUUCAGAGAGUAAUCCACUCCAGUAUCUCUACCUUGUGCUUAAGUUUGUGGGUCUCUUUAGUGUGAUCACUAUCCUGUAUAUGUCUGAAGUAUUUUUUGAAAAAGUUUUUGUGACCCGCCCUUGGAAAGCACUAUUUGUGACUACUGAUGAUGAUAUACAUGAAUGGUGGUUUAGAUGGAAAUUGGAUAGAUACAGCAUAUCAUAUGGAAUGGUAUUUGCUCUUGCCUUCUUGUUGGCUCAGCAUUACAGUCUUUUGGAUGAUAACAACCACAGCAAUCUCUUCUCCCCGGGAAUUGCAUUAUCUGCUACAUUAGUGUCAUUUAUAGGGCUUGGCAGCUAUACUACUUUCUCGUUUCUUUGCAGAAAUAAAUUAGAGUGCAAUGAGAUCCAUUCAUAUACAGUAUUUGUUCCAAUAAUCAGCUAUGUUGUUCUUCGCAACAUUUCGGGUGUUCUUCGCACACGCUAUUCCAGUUUCUUUGGAUGGUUUGGACGUAUUUCUCUUGAACUUUUCAUAAGCCAGUAUCAUAUUUGGCUUGCAGCUGAUACACAUGGUGUUCUUGUGCUGGUGCCUGGGUAUCCUGUUUUCAAUGUAAUGGUUACUUCCUUUAUUUUUAUUUGUGCUGCUCAUGAAGUUCAUGAGUUGACAUUUGCUGUAAUGCCGUAUGCCGUCCCAUCAGACUGGCGAUUAGUACUCAGAAAUGCUCUUCUCUUUCUGGUUGUGUUGGUACCUAUUGGUAUACACGAUGGUAUGUUUUGAGAUAACCAAGAACUUUAUAGGUUGGAUUUGAGUUACCUUUUAAUAAUGCUCGAAAUAAAGUUGCAUUCUAAAAUAUUUUAAUGAAUGCACUGUUAACAAUGAACAUUAUUUCAGCAUUUUUUUAGAAAGUAUGGUGAUCUACUAUAUGACAUUAUGGAAUGAAAAGUUGAUAUAUUGUGGUAAACAAAAGACUUUCGUUGAAAGAAAGGACUUAUGUUUAGAAAAAAAAAAUUUUCUUGGAAAUGUUUUGUAAUAUACAUAUAGUAUAUAUUUAUUUAUUUUUAUCUUAAUUAAAUUUUGUAGGCAAGUCCGAUUUAUGAAGAACUGCCAUCAUUUUUUUUGUCUUUAUCUGUUGGAUGUUCUUAGCAUCCAGUCUUAUUGUGAUAUAUGUUAGCUAAAUGAUGGUUGAUUGUUAAUUGUUUAAUUUUGUUUGUUAAUUUACACUGAUUUCCCCUUGUUACUUCCGUUGUUAUUUGAAUGUAAUUUUUGUUUGUUUUUUUCUGAACCAGCAUUUUUUUACUAAUAGGUACUUCCUGUACAUUUUUAAUUUUACUUUGCCAUGCACACCACAAUUGUACCUUGUAACUUUUUUUUUUUUUUCCCAUAAAGUUUGCCCUUUUUGCGAUUUCUAACUCAUAGGGCAAAGCAUUAAUAAAUUAUUUUUCAUGAAUUUGUUGUGUUGUUUUGCAUAGCUAUUAUUAUGUAGGUAUGACUACCAAUUAUUUUUAUACUCUUAAGACUUUUGUUUUGAAGUACGUAUAUAUUUUAAUUCCAGGAAAAUUAAUUUUAGUUGGAAACAUGUUUGGAAGGGAUGGAGUCUUAAUACUACAGCAUUUCAUUAGCUUAUAUCUGCCAUAUGAAGGUACUGGGACCAGGUGCUAAUCUGAUUGGCCACCAACAUGUAACUAUUUACCAUUUUAUUGUAGAUUAAUGGCCUGCCUUCUCCCAUUGUCUCCAUAUAAUUUAUUAACUCCAUAUACCUCCUUUCUUCAAAAAUUAUUGUGUUAGAAAUUUUAUAUUGUACAUAUUGUUAAUAUUAACAAAACAAUGAGGCACAGUCUUAUUCAUUUUCAUAUUGUUUUUCACAAUUCUAUUAUUAUACCAUCUGCAAAUGAGUAGGCUGAAUAACAGAGGAAUUUAUACAAUUUGUAGCAAUUAAGGUUUGAGAUAUAAUUUCAAACUACUGCAUAUUUAUAAUGUGCACCAUAAAUAAACAACACAAAUAACAUAUGAAA